CACAAUAUCAGAAGUAUAUCAGGAAGGCACCGAGUGAGCUUCUCUGCCUUGCUCACUCUCCAAGGCAACAACAAGAUGUCGACGACCACCGCCGCACGCAUUCAUCCAACAGCCGCUGCUCUGUCCUCCACCAUCAAACAUCACCUCCUCCUCCGACCAUCUCACCGACGACAUGUCGUCUUCCGAAACAACACAUCCUUCUCUCGUCGCCCAAUGCUCACAAUGGCCUCCGCACCCACCCCUCUCCAAGUUUGCGUCAAGUCCUCCAUCACUGUCCCCAACAAGCUCGGCGACUGUCCCUUUUGCCAAAGGGUGUUGCUGACUCUUGAGGAAAAGCAUCUCCCUUACGAACUCAAGUUGGUGGACUUGGCCAACAAGCCAGACUGGUUCUUGAAAAUUAACCCAGAUGGUAAGGUUCCUGUGGUCAACCUUGAUGACAAGUGGAUUGCAGAUUCAGAUAUUAUCACUCAAAUACUGGAAGACAAGUACCCUGAGCCGCCUUUGACAACCCCCCCUGACAAGGCUUCAGUUGGGUCAAAGAUCUUCUCUACGUUUAUUGGUUUCCUUAAGAGCAAAGACCCCAAAGAUGGAACAGAGCAAGCAUUAAUCAAUGAACUUAGCACUUUCAAUGAUUACCUCAAAUUAAAUAUGUUGAAUUCUUUUCAGGGGCCUUUUGUGAAUGGGGACCAGGUUUCUUCCGUUGACCUGUCACUUGCUCCCAAGUUGUAUCAUAUGGAGAUUGCUUUGGGGCAUUAUAAAAGUUGGUCGGUUCCAGAUUCCCUUCCAUUUCUGAAGUCUUACAUAAAGAGUAUCUUUUCACGGGAUUCAUUUACGAAAACUAGUGCCCUGAAAGAGGAUGUUAUUGCCGGUUGGCGGCCCAAAGUCUUGGGUUAAGGUUGUCCUGCUGCUGUUCUCUAUCUCCGAGGUGCAUGUCUUACCUUUACAUGUACUGUAUCAAUUCAGUGUUUCAUCUAUAAUUAACCUAUAUACCUCAAUUUCCUUUUUUACUGUGUACAAGACAAGCGUAUAAGAUUUACUAUUUGGCAUAUGCCUAACUUUAACAACGGAGCUGAGAUAUAUUCUAAUAUGAUGAAAUGAUCGAAGUGAAUAUUCAAAUGGUAAGGCACUGAAUUGAGGCA